UAAUAAUAAAUUAUAUUAUAAAAAUUAUACACCGCAUUAAUUUUAAAUGAAAUGAAAGCCUACUUUUCUUUUAUUCUCUUCUUGAUAUUUGUGAUUGUUAUAUCGGACUUGUAUUCAGCUAAAAAACAAGAUGAUAUACAAGCCAAAUGCCAAAAUUUAAAAUGUACACUUGAAUGCCCUAAUGGUUAUCAAAAAGAUGGUAUGGGUUGUGACAUUUGUAGUGUAUGUUUAGAAGAAACAAAUAAAUGCCCCGAGUCGUCUAUGUGUUUGAAGUAUUGCAAAGAUGGUUUUAAAAAAGACUCAAGUGACUGUAAUAUCUGUGAAUGCAAUGUUACACCGAAAACUAAAAUGAUAUGCCCAAUUCUGGACACCUGCGGUGUAUAUUGCUCACAUGGAAGACGAAAAGACUCUAAUAAUUGUGAAAUGUGCUCUUGUCAAAGACCUGAAAAGAAGAAAAAGAUAAAGUCUAAAGAAUAGAGACAGAGCUUUUGAUUAAACAAUCCUAUUCAAAUUCAAUUUAGAUUUAAUAAAUAUAUUUUAAUCAAUAAAAAUAGUUAUCCAAAAUCAAAAUUUGUAUUU